AUGAAAGCAAGAUCAACAUUGAUUUCCUCGUCCUUGUCGUCAUUCCUGCAGAACGGUCUCAAACGGAACAACCAUCAUCCGAUCAUCCGUAUGGACAAGAAUUUUAUUAUCAACAAUCACGGCUUGCACAUCAUCUGCAAUAGAAAUUUUUAUACGAAUUUACAUACAUCAAAUCAGGUGUGUUCUAAAAACAUGGAUCGGGAAUGUCCUCGAGCCACAGAUCCAAUACUGUUGAAUCAUCAACAGCAUCAUCACCCUUGUUGGAAUUGUGAAACGGAAUUAUCUUGCCAUUUAUUAUUUUGUAGUUCAUGUAACAAAAUUCAACCACCAUCCUCUGAGACUCAUGGCACGUUAUCCGGACAAUAUCCUGAAACCUCUAUCGAUUAUUUUACCCUCAUGGAUUUACCUCACGAAUUUUCGGUUAAUCCAAAAGUCUUACACGAGAAAUAUAAGGAAUUGCAAAAGGUUCUUCAUCCUGACAAAUUUGCCCAAAAAUCAGAAACUGAAAAGAAAAUAUCGAGAAUGCAAUCUGCCAUUGUGAACACAGCUUAUCAAACAUUGAAAAGUACCAAAUUGAGAGCUGAAUAUUUAUUGAAAUUAAAGGAGGCACAAAAAUUAGGUCCAUGCAAUCAUAAGUCAGUGAACGACGUGCAACUGCCUCCUGAAUUUUUGAUGGAAAUUAUGGAAGUGAAUGAACAGAUUAAUGACAGUGAAGACAACAGAGAGAGUUUGACUGAGAUACAAAUGGAUUUCAAUGAAAGGAAGAGGCUUGUUGUGCGUUCUAUUGAUGAACAAUUUAAAAAGGACGACUUGGAUGAAGCACGUUUUAAGAUUGCACAGUUGAACUACAUUGAACGAACAUUACAGCUGGUUGACAACAAACUUCACCAGUUAGACCUUAAGGAACAUCGUUCUCACUCGAAUGAACCCUGUGAUGAAUGUGAAUUUAAAAAUUAA